GUCGGAGUUUCAUAGCCAUUUCAGGCCUGCAGUCGAGCAUCAGGUUCUCUUGGACGCCACCCGUCGCGUACCUGGCGGUAUUGCAUCCUUCCCCGGACUCGUUGUUGAAGACCUGGUCCACCCUCUGCUGUCAUCUUGCCCUUGUGUCACCCAUUUCCCACUUCUGCACAACCACCACAUCGCUGGACAUAGCUCUGGUAGCUGUACACGAUCUACGCUCGCUUGUUAUGAUUCAAUAGCUGGGACAAAAUGUCCCACAGACUAUCUGGCGUGCCAGUGAACCUGCUGGUCGCCAUCUUCAUUCUCUUCUCCAUUUUCAUAUUCACUUUCACGCUGGUGUUUGCCACAAUCGUGGUGCCGGGUUACAGACUGACGACCAGCUUUAAAGUCGCAUACAACAUCGCCAGCGCAAUCGUCGCAACAGUACUCGCUCGCUAUGCCAGCGGUGAAAUCCAGAAACAAUGGUUACGCCAAAUCAACCACGAAAUUUCAGAUGUCAAAUAUCAACUUCACCACAGUCCCCAUAUUAUGCAGAAAUGGCGCGCUGUCUUGGGCAUAAACACAUUCUACGAACGGAUCACAUCGUUCAAGACUACCGUUUUACCACAGCUUUCUUUCCUGUUCACAGGCCUCAUUACAACAGCCGUCGUAGCUGCGGUGACCUUGACCGACACUACAUGCUUCACGGACCUGGAGCCUCCCCGCAUACAUAGUGGGGCCGACAACAAAUGUACAAGGAUGUUGCCCAGCAACAACACCGACCGGUCAUCGCCCCUGUGGGAGUUUCGAACCUUUUGGAACAACGAUGAUGGAUCGGCGUACUAUGCCACGACCAACCUUGGAUGUCCAUCCUGGUCCGGCGCACAGUUUAUGGGAUCCAUCAAUACCAUCAACCCGGCACACGUAGCAUACUCGCGUAACGGGGUUGGAAUCCAAAGCUCAGCGAUAGGAACGCCAGAAAUAUUCUACACCGAUUUCCCUGAGAUUGUCGAGCCGUUUGAUGGCCUCCACGGUGCAAAGGUCAACCAGUCCAUGUUGCGCACAGUCUCUCAAUGUCUUCCGGUUAUGGCCACCAACCCAGUCAGGUGCCGUCCUGGAGGCAGUGUUUCCUUCAAGUCAAACAUCCCCGAAAAAGUGACUGACGCGGAAGCCGUCUACCACCAGAUAUCCGUCGAAGCUGGCGGCUGCAACUUCACCCAAGCGAAUGCCGAAGACCCCAACGGCAAAUUUGGCGUCAUGGUCUCUCGCUUCUGCCCCCAGGAAAACAGUGUUGGGAAGGGAACCAUUGCCAUGGGCGCUACCGGAAUCAUCAGUCUUACCCUCGCUGCCUCGAUAGGCGACGAAGAUUUUCUCGCUAGACACGCCGACAGUUACGAGGCGAUGAGCGCCGGUGUCGCCAAAAACCUCACAUAUGCCCUAAGUUGCGACAUUGACGUCCAGCCGACGAUCAAAUGGCGAACUUUGACCCUUGAGCUACAGCAAGGCACCCUCACAACCACACCAUCCUACUCCAAACUGAUAUCCGGCGUCGACGGCUGUGUUGCCACCACAAACAACAAAGCCAACUGGACCCUAGGCAACGGCUACGCAGGCGGUGCCGCCGCCGCACUCGUGGCUCCACUCUCAGAAGGUCGCUACUGGAACGGCAUGACCAACACCAUCUUCAACCAAGCCCUCAACGUCACCGACACCUCGGACCGCUAUUCGACCGUCGCCUCCUGGCAAAAGCUCAUCCGCAGCGCGCCCUACGGUUUCAAUCAAUCCACCAACGCACUCGAAGACGUCCUCGGCCUCACAACCGGCAUCACCAUGUCGCAAAUGUCUACACUCGAUAGCAUGCGCAGCAGCAGCCCUCUUGCCGACCCCGUCAACUUUCGCGCCGCGGCGCAAGGCCACGCGACCUUUGCCUGCACGCGCGUCGGCUCGGGCCAGCGCUCUGCUGUCCUGUUCACACUGCCGCCGCUGCUCGCCAUGCUCACGGCCAUCUAUCUCAUUUUCACGGUGCCGAGGAAGCCAACGAGCUUCAAAACAAGUCGCCUCGAAGACCUCAUUGGUAUCGGCAUGGCCAGCGAGCGCGAGCUCAGCAUGGCGUAUCGCCGGGACCAUUUGCGGCAGAGCCAGGAUCCGGAGGCACACGUUGGAAUUCCGAGGGCGCCGACCCUGGAGCGAAAUCCCUUCGACGACGACGCGGAGGAGAAGGCAAUGGGGCUGCAGGAGUUGCGGGCUGUGCAUCAUGAUCGAAAGAACUGGGAUUAGGUAUCAUAAUUGGGCUGUUUGGACGUUAGGGACCGGAUGGCUCGGCGCAUUCUCUUGGACAUUAUACCCGGUUUGACAUUGUUAUUGAGCGUUCAUGUUGAUUUAUCAUCUUUCGUACCUUUCAGUUUCCGUUUUGUCCGUUUGUACGUCCUGUUAGCUACCGCUGCGCUGUAGAAAAGACGUCCC